CCACCCCUAAGUAUGGAUAACGAAAAUAGAGGCUUUCGUAACGCUAACGUUAUUUACCGGGCAUACCGGCAUAACACGUUUGUUUUCUUUGAGGAUAAGGAAAACACUGCGAAGACAGUACAGUGUGGACCGGAAGGUUUUGAAGCGUUUUCAGGAGGAAACUGCAUCAUUGGAAAAGAAUCAUUUAGAAAACGCUUUGGUGUUGACGGGUUCUUAGACUCUCAAGGACAAUCUCGCACGUUCGACCUUACUGUGAAAGCUGGGUUCGCUUCCGGAGGAAAGUGACGGGAAGGGAAACCUCGGCACUGAGUACUCUCCGGAUUGGUUGUCAAGCACCCUCACAGAAUAGUUCCUCAUUUUGGUUCAAUAAAUGUUCCAUGUGUUUUUUAGAGAUUUGAGCAAUUUUAUAGCUCACGAGCAGGUUUUCUCGUUUGAGGUUUCGCGUAGGCAUCGACUGGAGUUCAGAGCAACGUCUGUGAAAGCCCGGCCAAGCGGUGAAGAAGUCAAAAUUUCGAUUUAACUGCAUAUUAAACUGUAUUAAUGGUGCAAGGUUAUGCAAGCACCCUUGUCGCAUAAGAUCUGCUUAUAUUGUUCCCAAAAGAGUUUUGCCAAACUCAUGUCUUCAGCCUGGAUCUUCACGUUUACAAAAGCAAAAAAAACAAUGCGUGGGCAGUCUUUGCUGGGCACUCACGGUCCAUGACAGGCUGAUGUUGGCGCCUUGCCGGCGCUUUGCAUACCAAGGUCAAUUCUAAAAUAGUAAAUUCAUUUCUGCGGAGCCUAUUGAAUCACCUUGCCGAACGCAUGCCCAGACCAUGAAGGCUUUAUUUCGAGUAUUAGACGCUUCAAUACAUAAAUUGAUUCCUUCUUGGUCUUUGGUAUUUGCAUUUAGCAUGUGAUUAACCGACAAUGUUUGUACAUAUCCCAAGCCUUGUAAAAACAAUGCAUAGAAUGCGUUUCAGCUGGACCGAAUUUCUUCCAACUUGAAACGUCAAAUUCUCUAUUUUGCACAGCUUUGAAGCGAAUUUUUCGCGCCCGUUUCGAGUGUCUCAAGUGUUUUGUCCCGAGUAAACACUUAUUAUUCGUUGUUUUGAGUAAUGAAGAGGUUUGAUUGACAGUUCACUCGGGUAGAUGUCCACAAUUUGCAUACGUACUGCCUCAUUUGUGUGACUUUCCGUAAUGCGAGAUUCAACUCGUGAUCAAAAUACGCACUUAUUCAAGAAGUAGUAGGGGGUUAGUAACGAAUCUAACUUCUCAGAUUUGCGAGGUGCUUUUCACAUCUGGAAAAACAGCCAUCGAGGUCACGAAAGGAUCGAUCUUCAAUCGCUUCUAGAAUGAAUGAGAAAGACAUCAAUAAUGGCGUCGUUAUAGACGGCGAGAAAGCAAACGGAGACUACGGAAGACCAGAAGACAGCCGCGCUGCCCUUGUUGAGCCGAUGAUGAUAGAAGAGAAUGGUGUCGUUAUUGAGGAUGAUCGGGAGAAGUGGGGAAAGAAACUGGACUUCAUGCUUUCGUGCAUCGGGUACGCAGUUGGUCUUGGCAAUGUUUGGAGGUUUCCAUACUUGUGUUAUGAAAACGGCGGAGCAACGUUCUUGAUACCCUAUUUUGUGAUGCUUGCAAUCAACGGGAUCCCUCUGUUCUACAUGGAACUUGCCAUUGGUCAAUAUCUUAGUCUUGGAACCGUGGGAGCCUGGACGGCCAUCUGUCCCUUGGCAAGAGGAAUUGGAUUUGGUAUGAUCAUAGUUUCUCUACUGGUGUCCAUUUAUUACAAUAUGAUUAUCGCCUGGUGUCUUCUGUACAUGUUUGAGUCCUUCAGAAAAGAUGUGCCAUGGAAAACAUGUGACAAUGACUGGAACACUAAACUUUGCGCGUAAGUACUGUCCUAUCAUUCAAUCAUUCGAGGGCCCCGAGAACAUAGGUUUGGCGAGAUGCGGGAUAAGAGUAAAAAAUUAAUGAAGGCAGGAUGCGGGAUGACAGGACUUUUAAUGGCGGGAUGCGAGCAUCCCCGACUUUUUCGUAUGGGAGCCCCCCCCCCCGGAUAUGAUCACUGUCUGUCUGUUUGUCCGUUAGUCUGUUUGUCUGUCUCUCUGCCUACCUGCUUGCCUCCCUGUCCACCUGCCUCUCUGUUAGUCUGUCUGACUGUGUGUCUAAACACCACGUCUGUAUAUUUUUCAUCGUG